AUGAGUGGUGAAGAAAUUGCUAUCGGAACCAUUUUGCUCUACUCGUGGAAAGAGAAGACCGAAUGCAAGGGCAGCAGCAAAAAAAAAUUAAUGAUGUGGAAGGCCCUGGAACUAUUAGCGAACGCGUGGUUCAAAAUUGGUUCAGAUGUUUCAAAGAAGGUGACACCAGCCUCGAAGAGAAACCCAAGUCAAGGAGACCUUCUGUGGUGGAAGAUGAGACCUUACUUGAAAUGGCUGAACAAUAGCCAAGCACAAGUAACUCGUGCAUUGCUGGCAGGACUUGGUUCUUCACAAAGCACCGUCAGUCGACACCUCCAUAAGCUCGGUCUUGUGAACAGAUGCUGUCGAGACGUUCCUCAUGAAUUGACCAAUGACCAGAUUCAGCGACGUAUGAACAUUUGCCAGCAACCUCAGGCAAAUCCUUGA